AUGUCGAUGAUCGCGGGACGGAGGCGGGACUCGGUCAGCGGGGCGUCAAGCCCAAUGCCUGGCGGCGCCACCACCUCGGUGCAGGUCGCGGUGCGCAUCCGGCCACUGACUUCGGCCGACCAGAGCUCCAUACCUUCGAGGUGGCAGCGGAGCGUGGUCCACGCUAGCUCCAGCAACAGCCUCCAUGUCGAGCAGGGCGCUGCACCGCCACCGGGGACCGCGGGCGCUGCUGCUCCGGCCUCGGCCCUGUCUUCGUCGUCGCGCGACAAGAAGCAGGCGUUCAGCUUCGACCGCGUCCUCUCGCCAAACGACGGCCAGCCGCAGGUCUACACGGUGGCCGAGCCGCUCAUCUCGCGCUUUCUCGAGGGCUACAACGUCACCAUCCUCGCCUACGGCCAGACGUCGAGCGGCAAGUCGUACACGAUGGGCACCUCGGCCGGCGACGAGAUCGACUACGAGAGCCUCGUGGCAGGCCAGACGGCCGACCCGCAGAUGGGCAUCAUCCCGCGCGCCGUGGCCCAGAUCUUUUCCACCAUCAAGCAGAACCAGGCCCGCUCGGGCGCGGUGCAGUACAGCGCAAAAGCGAGUUUCAUCGAGAUCUACAACGAGGACCUGAUCGACCUGCUGGCCGACGCCGACGGCGAUGCGCGCCCGCACGUCCAGAUCCGCGAGGGCAAGAACGGCGCCAUUAUCUGGAGCGGCCUGCGCGAGGUCAAGGUCAGCAAUGUGGCCGAGGUCAUGAACUACCUGCUCCAGGGCAGCUCCGUGCGGCGGACAAACGAGACCGACAUGAACGCCCAAUCGUCGCGGUCCCACGCCAUCUUCUCGCUCACCCUCACCCAGCGCAAGUACGUCGGCUCCGGCCCUCCGCCUCCGGCAGCGGGAAGCCGCGCUAGGCAGUCUUCCGGUCUGCCCCGACCCGGCUCGAGCAUCGUGCCUCCUGGAAGCUUUGACCGCAGCCGCGUCGCUUCGCCCGCACCGGGCACGCUCGGGUCGAGGCCCCACACGCCAAGCUCGAGCGGCAUCCCCGGGCUCGGCGGAAGACACUCGAGCGUCGGUCUGCGGCCGGCCAGUACCAUCGCCGGGGCCCGCAGCGCGUCGCCCAUGUUUGGCGGCGGCGCCGACGACGCUGCCGGCAAGGCUGGCGCCGAGGGCGAGUGGACGACGGUGACGAGCAAGUUCCACUUUGUCGACCUUGCCGGCUCCGAGCGGCUGAAGCGCACGGCGGCGCAGGGUGAGAGGGCCAAGGAGGGCAUCUCGAUCAAUUCGGGGCUGCACGCGCUCGGCAACGUCAUCUCGGCGCUGGGCGACCCCAACAAGGCCAAGCGGACGACGCACGUCCCCUACCGCGACAGCAAGCUGACGCGGCUGCUGCAGGACAGCCUGGGCGGCAACGCCCACACGCUCAUGAUUGCCUGCGUCUCGCCGGCCGAGUACAACGUCAGCGAGACGGUCAACACGCUGCAGUACGCCAACCGCGCGCGCAACAUCAAGAACAAGGCCGAGCUCAACGAAGUCGAGGUGGGCUGGGACGACAUCGACUACCUGCAAACGCUGGUGCUCAAGCUGCGCAAGGAGCUCAGCAUCCUCAAGGGAACGGCGGGCAAGGGGGGCGCAGACGCCUCGUCGGCCGCCGGCGGCGAUGACGGCGGCAGCGGCAGCGCGCGGGCGGCGCAGCGCGAGAUCCUCGAGUGGCAGGACAAGUACGCCUCGCUGAGCCAGAAGCACUCGCAGCUGACGGCCGAGGUGACCAAGCUGCGCGCCCAGCUCGAUCCGGCCAAGCACCGCGGCACGGACCAGGACGACUACUUCAAGCUGGCCGAACCCAUCAUUGUCGAGUACGAAAAGUCGAUUGAUGCGCUCGAGGGCCAGCUCAACCUGACCAAGGCGGCGCUGGCGUACGUCGAGGACAUGGUCAACGAGCAGCAGGCCAUCAUGGAAGACCAGAGCGCCAAGCUGCAGACGGUCGAGUCCGAGAUGGAGGCCAAGGAGAUGACGGUCGUCGAACUGCAGUCGAAGCUGGCCAAGCUCCAGCUGCGCGAGACCUCGGCCGACGCCUAUGCAAAGGAGCUCGAGGCCCGGCUGGAGGGCAUCACCACGCGCGGCGACACCGACGCCGCCCUCGUGGCCGACCUGCGCAAGGAGGCGGCCAAACUGCGUGACAGCGCGCGCACCACGGAGAGCUACGUCAAGGACCUCGAGGCCAAGCUGGCCUCCGCCGACGAGGCGACGGCCAAGCUGUCGGCCAGGGUCUCGCAGCUCGUCAGCGAGUCCGAGCAGCGCGAGGCCGACUACAAGAACCUCGCCGCCCGCUUCGAGCUGCUCGACUCUGGCGACGAGCGCAAAGCGAUGUCGACCGAGCUGGACGCGCGCGAGGAGCGCCUGGCCGACUUGCGGCGACAGCUCGACGUCGUCACCGGCGAGAGGGACGUUGCGGCCAAACAGCACUCGAUUCUGCUGACCGCGUCAGCCGCGCACGAAAGAGAAAAGGACGAGCUUAUGGGCAAGAUCCAUGCGCUCGAAGCUGCUGCCGCCGCGGCAGCGGCCGCCGGAGCUGCAGCCGGUGCCGGUGUUGCCAGAGCAGCAGGCUCGCCCGAGGAGGCGGGCUCUGGCGGCGAAGAGGCCGCACAGUUCCGCCAGCAGCUCGAGCAAGUGCAGCAGGAGCUGCAGGCGCUGCGCGACUCGGAGUCGCAGCUGCGCACCGACUACGAGCUGCGCAACGUCAAGUACCGUGACGCGCUGCGCGAGGUCGAGGCACUCAACACCCAGCUGACCGAGGCCAAGCUCGAGGGCCGGCUGCCUCGGGCAGACUCGUCGUUCCGCCUCGACGUUGGCGACGCAGGAGGCGACGAGGAGCUCGAGGUCCUCGCGCCACCAUCCGACGAGGGUCGCAGCGACAACAGCAGCCGCUCGCCGAUGCGGCAGACGGCCUCGCGCCGGUCGAGCCUGCGACGGCCCGAGAGCCUGCUGGUCGACAAUUCGAACCGGCAGAGCCCGAUCAACAACCGGCUGAUGCGCCGCUCCUCGGGCAGUUUUUUAGGGUACAACAAGAGCGACGGCACGCGGACGCCCGGGUCGUCGCCCCACGUCCGUACCCGCUCUAUGUCGCAGUCGCUGUCGCAGGAGCUGUUGGCGGGCUUGUCUCCCUCGCCGUCGCAGCAGCCCAUCCGCGGGCCGAGGCCGCUCUCCUUGACGGGCUCCGUGCCGCCUUCGCCUACCUUGAGGGCAUUCGAGCCCGACUCGGCGGCCAACUAUGAGCGCAAGGUGGCCUCGCUCGAAAAGGAGGCGAUGCGGCUCCAGGAGGCGCUCAAGGAGCGCGACGACGAGAUCCACACGCUCGAGGCUACGGUGCGCGAGCUGCGGAGCAGCAGCAGCGGCUUCAACACGGCGGCGGCGAGCAACAGCAGCAGCGUGUCGGGCGAGGACGCCGAGUCCCUGCCCACCACCGAUGCGGCCGGCUCCUUCUCCGCCGCCGGGGCCGCGCCAAUCGCGCCUGCCAGCGAAAAGGACUUCGACGCCUUCCGGCGGUUGCUGGCCGAGGCUCGGGUCACCGACGAGACCGGCGAGGAGCCCAACCGCGAGAGCAUCCUGCGCCUCGACGAUCUGAUGCGCGCGAUGGCGCGCAAGGAGACGACGCACCGCGAGUCGGUCGAAGCCCGGGAUCGCGAGCUCAGCAGCCUACGCAAAGAAAAGGAGACGCUCGAGGCCCUCUCAAAGGAUCAGCUGGCCAACAUGUCAAACGAGAUCGAAGCGCUGCGCGCCCAGCUGAACGAUGCGCGGGCCGACAAGGAGAACGCAGGCCGGCCAUCGGCCGAGGUAGCCGCCCUGCAGCCCUCGCAGGCGCGCAACCUCGCGCCGCUCGAUGUCCAGGAGCAGGAGAGCAAGCGACGCUCGCUCAUCGCCGAGCAGCACGCCUCGUUCCAAAAGGAGCUGGCGUCCGUUAAGGAGGCCCACGCCGCUACGCUCUCGUCCAAGGAGGCCGAGCACAGCUCUGAGCGCGAGGAGCUCGUCAGGCAGCACGAGGCCGCCAUGACCCGCAAGGUCAAGGAGCUGCAGGACGCCGCCAACCGUCGGGCCGAGGAGCAUGAGCAGGCGCUCACUCACCUCCGUGACGAGCAUGAACGCCGCCGCGAGGCGCUGGUAGAGGAGCGCGCAGCGGCGCUGAGCAAUGCCGAGAUCGCCCGCCAGAGCUCGACGGUCGAGUCCGAGAGCGAGCGCGAGUCGCUCCUCCGCAAGCUGCAGGAAGACCACCAGUCGAUGAUCGCCAAGCUCAAGGAGGACCACGAGCUCACUCUGUCCAAGUCGCUCGAAGCCAAGCAGGUCGAACACCAGUCCAUCGUAGCGGACCACGUCGCCAAACUGCAGGCCCUGCAGGAGGAGUCGGACGCCGCUCUCGAACGGCUCAAGCUCGACCACGAGCGGGCGCUGCAGAAGCUGACGGCGGAGCAUGCCGCCACGCUGACGUCUGCCAAGGAGACGUCGGACCGCAGCGUCGACAACCUCCGCAUGGAGCUCGAGGCGCAGCACAUGACGAUGCUCACCGAGGCACUGCGCGAGGCCGAGAACCGAGCCAAGGGCGAGCACGACAGCGCCCUGGCCGCGCUCCGCGCAGAGCACGAGGCCAAGACCGAGGUGCUGGCCAAGGCGCACGCCGCGGCGCUCGACGAGGCCGAGCUGCGCUACACCAAGGCCGUCACGGGCCACGCCAGCGCGGUCGACGACCUGAGCCGCGAGCACGCCGGCUCGUCGACCGAGGCGGCAGAGACAAUUGCUAAGCUGCGCGCCGAGCACGAGGAGCUCCAGCGCAGCCUCGAAAAGCUGCGGCAGGAGGCCGUCGCCGCCGAGGAGCACCAGCGCGACGAGCUGGAGCGCGUCGUGCAGGAGCUCCAGUACAUUCUUGCCGACCGGGAUGCGACCAAGAAGGCCUACGGGGAGCUCGAGGCCAAGCACCGCGACUACGUCGACAAGUCCGACUUUGACCCGCACGAGGUCGACCAGCUGCGCUCUGACCUGGCCGAGACGAGCGAUGCGCUCAUCACGCUCGAGGCUGCGCUCACCGAGGCGCAGGAGGAGCGCGAUCAGCUGCUCAUCGAGAUUGAGACGGCGCGGCAAAGCGCGGCCGAGGGCAGCCUGGCCAACGGCCUCGUCAACGGCCUGGCCAGCGCCAACGGCAACGGCCACGCCGACGGCGCCAACGGGGACCGGUCCGUCACGGUCACCAACGGUGCCGGGCCCGUCGAUCCGGCGCUGUCGCGCGAGCUCGAGGCGCACAAGUCGGCGCUGUCCAAGACCAAGGCGGAGAUGGACAAGAUCCGGGCCGACCUGCAGGGGAUGGUCGAGGAGCGCGGGCGGCAGGAGCAGACGAUCAAGGAGCUGCAGGCCAAGCUGGCCAGCUCCGAGACACGCUCGGUGCGUUCGCAGGGCAGCGGCAGCUUUGGCCACAACAGCAACGGCGAGGUGGAAAACGCCGCCAACGCGUCUGCGUCGGUGUCAGGCGCCAUGGCCAACGGCUCGCGGCUGUCGAUGGGCCGGCGGGCGUCCGACUACGACGGGCUGGGCUUCGAGCACCGGCCGUCGCGCAACAGCUCCGCGCCCAAGCCUCCACCGCCCAACCCGCCGCCCAAGAUGCCGCCGCCGCCGACGCCGACGGGCUCGAGCGUUGCGUCGCCGGGCCUGGUGCGCUCGCCGGUGGGUGUGAGGACGUCGACGUCGUCGCAGAUGACGCGGCCCGACUCGCCGAGCGGCAUCACGCGGUCGUCUUCGAUCGCUUCGGCGCACAGCGCCAGCCUUAACGGCGUCGGCAACGGCGGCGGCGGCGGCGCCGGGCCUGGUGCGCUGGCGGUGGAUGCCAAGUACGCCAAGCUGGUGGCGGAGCAGGCCGACGAGAUCAAGAACCUGGCCAAGCAGCUCAACCACUGCGAGGCGGACCUGCAGGCCAACAUUGACCUCGUCGCGACGCUCGAGGCUGCGCUCAACGACAGCGAGCGCAACCUGCGCAAGUCGCGGGUGCAGCUGGCCGAGGUGACGCGGGAGCGGGACCGGUACUCUGCGCAGGCCGACGAGAUGCGGGCGCAGCUCAACACGGCGCAGCACGAGGUCGAGAGCGUGCGCAACAGCGUCAUGCUCGAAAAGCAGGGCUACGAGAGCAAGCUGGAAGAGGAGCGGCAGGCAAAGGAGCGGGCGCGGCAGGCGCUCGAGGCGAGGCUCGAAGAGGUGUCGAAGCGCAAGAACAGCAAGCUCUUUUGCCUGUAG